AAACAAGUCCUCAAGUCUCAAAAACAGAGGGGUUUGAGCUCACUCAAUAAAACGUGGUUAUGCUCAAUCUCUGAGCGUAGAUCCGCCACAGCACUUACUACGCUCCUCCCUGGACCCUACCAUUUUAUGCAGUGAGACUUGUGAAGUUUAAUUAAUCUAAACACGGGGGAUAUCCUUCACCUGUCGCAAUGGCACCACAACCAACUAACACGAACUGGGAUCACGGGUAUAAUACUCUUCGUCGGGAGAAGCUUUUCAGAGACCCCCCGACAGAUCGGUCUGCAUAUCCUUUAUUGCAGGAAGCCGUAAACCCGCAUAUCGAAUCCUUCGAUGCCCUCUUCGGCGACAAUGGCCUGGUCGCGAAAGGACUGGCUGAUAUUGGCACGAGGUUAUUUCUGGAUGGAGACGAGCGCGCUCCGCCAGCCGGGAAGAACAGGCUGAAGAUAAGGUGCAAGGGAAUACACCUUCAAAAAUCGCAGCUACCCCCUUCAAAUAAGUUCGCUGUAAAAAACCGCGAGAUCCUACCUGCAGAGUGUAGAGAACGCCAUGUUUCGUACCGAGGAAAGCUUUCUGCCACGUUUGAGUACAGCAUAAACGAUGGCGAUGUAAAGGAGUUCACGCGAGAGAUUGGCCAGCUGCCAAUCAUGGUAAAGUCGGCUUAUUGCCAUCUCAGAGAUAACAGUCCGGCGCAAUUGGUUGCGCGUAAAGAGGAAUCAGAAGAGCUAGGGGGUUAUUUUAUUGUCAACGGUAUCGAAAAGAUUAUACGACUCCUCCUGGUCAACCGAAGAAACUUUCCUCUGGCCAUCAACCGUCCAAGCUUCACUAAUCGUGGCCCUGCCUAUACUCCUUACGGUAUUAUACUUAGAUCAGUGCGACCUGACGAGACCUCGCAAACGAAUGUUCUUCAUUACCUAGACGAUGGUAAUGUUACCUUCCGUUUCUCUUGGCGAAAGAACGAAUAUUUAGUUCCAGUUAUGAUGAUUUUGAAGGCACUCGUAGAAACGAACGACAGAGAAAUUUUUGAAGGUUUAGUUGGAUCUCCAGACUCGAAGGGCAUCGAGAACACAUUCCUCACGGAUCGUGUUGAACUCUUAUUACGAACUUAUAAGACUUACGGACUAUAUACAAUGGCGCAGACCCGAUCGUAUCUUGGAGAGAAAUUCCGGCCUGUCUUAGGAGUACCUGAUACUCUAUCGCACUACGAGGUGGGCACUGAAUUCUUGCGACGGAUUGUAUUGGUACACCUAGGAAAUAUCAACGUAACGGAGCAGCAAGAUUCAGACAAGUUCCGCAUGCUAUUGUUUAUGAUCAGGAAGCUCUAUGCUCUAGUUGCUGGGGACUGUUCAAUCGACAAUCCCGAUGCGGUUCAGAACCAAGAGAUUCUCCUCGGCGGAUUCUUAUACGGCAUGAUCAUAAAAGAACGGCUGGACGAGUUACUUUCCGUAGGACUCCGUGGUGCGCUAAGGGAAUAUAUGAGAAGGUACCCUUCGAGGUCGUUUACCUCUGAAGAAUUCGCAAAAGAUUUUCCUAUCAAAAUAUUCCAGAAGACCAAUGAAAAUGUCGGCAACGCCCUGGAAUAUUUCUUAUCGACUGGUAACUUAUCAAGCCCCUCCGGUUUGGAUCUCCAGCAAGUAUCAGGUUUCACCGUUGUCGCCGAGAAACUCAAUUUCCUUCGUUUUAUCAGUCAUUUCCGAAUGGUACAUCGAGGAAGUUUCUUCGCUCAAUUGAAGACCACAACGGUACGAAAGUUGCUACCCGAGUCUUGGGGUUUCCUCUGCCCUGUCCAUACUCCAGAUGGCUCGCCCUGUGGUCUACUUAACCAUCUUGCACAUAAAUGCAAGAUUAUGACUAGUCCUGUCGAUACGUCCAUGAUCCCACAACUGGCCGCCGAGCUUGGCGUUGUCGACACUUCAUCUGCCGCGACGGAUGAAAGCGUUGUCGUUAUCUUGAAUGGUAGGAUCCUUGGUUGGUGCCACCCGUCCGAGUCGCGCAGAAUAGCGGAUACUUUCCGAUACUGGAAAGUUGAAGGCUCUCACGGCAUCCCUGUGCACCUUGAAAUUGGAUAUGUACCAUCGUCCAAGGGAGGAUCUUACCCUGGCAUCUACAUGUCUUCUGAACCCGCCAGAAUGGUGAGGCCAACCAAGUACCUCCCAUUAGCGAAGGAAGAUUUUGUAGGACCCUUGGAGCAGCCAUAUAUGUCUAUUGCUUGUACGGAACAAGAAGUCGUCUCGGGAGAGUCAACGCAUGUUGAAUUUGACCCUACGAAUAUUCUAUCGAUUCUGGCAAAUAUGACACCGUUCUCAGACUUCAACCAGUCUCCAAGAAAUAUGUACCAGUGUCAGAUGGGUAAGCAAACGAUGGGAACUCCAGGAACGUCGCUGGCAUACCGCACAGACAACAAGAUGUACCGUCUUCAGACCGGUCAGACUCCUAUUGUCAGAUCUCCACUCCAUAAUGCAUACGGCUUCGAUAAUUUCCCCAAUGGAACAAACGCGGUUGUCGCUGUGAUAUCCUACACGGGAUACGAUAUGGACGACGCUAUGAUUCUUAACAAGUCAGCUCACGAACGAGGCUUUGGACACGGCACGAUCUACAAAACUAAAAAGUACACCCUGAAGGAGGAAAGUCGCACAAGGUCGGCCAAGAAUGUGACCAAAAUGUUUGGCUUCGCCCCAGGCAGCGUCGUCAAGGCAUGGACACAGACCAUGUUAGAUGAAGAUGGUCUCCCGUAUGUCGGACGAAUGGUCCAAGAAGGUGAUAUCAUCUUCGCUUACCACACAGUCUCCGCAGACUACAGUGGCAACUUAGUAAAUCGAGACGGCGUCACCAAGUACGAAAAGUACAAGGAUUCGGAGCAAGCAUUCAUUGAAGAAGUGCGAUUAAUCGGCAGUGAACAAGGUAACGAGGUUGCCCAGACAAUUUCGAUCAAGUUCCGCGUUCCCCGAUCACCAGUUAUUGGUGAUAAGUUCUCAUCGCGCCACGGUCAAAAAGGUGUCGCUUCGCAGAAAUGGCCGGCCGUGGAUAUGCCCUUCUCGGAAUCCGGCAUUCAACCGGAUAUUAUUAUCAACCCUCACGCUUUCCCCUCUCGAAUGACGAUCGGUAUGUUCGUCGAGUCGCUAGCAGGAAAAGCAGGCGCGCUUCACGGUCUCGCACAAGACUCGACUCCUUUCCGUUUUGACGAAGAUAAUACAGCCGCCGACUAUUUCGGACAUCAACUCAUGAAAGCUGGCUACAAUUACCACGGAAAUGAACCUAUGUACUCGGGAAUUACUGGAGAAGAACUAGCGGCAGAUAUUUACAUUGGCGUCGUAUAUUACCAACGACUGCGUCACAUGGUCAACGAUAAGUAUCAAGUAAGAACGACGGGACCCGUGGUCGCUACGACGGGACAGCCGAUCAAAGGUAGAAAGCGAGGUGGUGGUAUUCGUGUCGGCGAAAUGGAACGAGAUGCCUUAUUAGCGCACGGUACAGCCUUCCUUCUACAAGACCGUCUUCUCAACUGCUCGGAUUAUACACCAUCAUGGAUCUGCCGUCGGUGCGGCUCUUUCUUGUCGGUACAGCCUACGGUAUCUCCUUUCAUGGGUAGGAAGAAGACAGUGAACAACGUCCGAUGCCGAAACUGUGCAACUCGUCUUGACCAGAUUGACGAUGUGGACUUGAGUAAAUUAGCCGGGGAAAUAUGGGAAGAUGGACAGGGGAACCAGUGGAUCGGAGGUGAAGACACGACGAAAGUAGCAGUUCCUGGUGCUCUCAAGUAUCUUGACGUGGAGCUAGCAGCUAUGGGUGUGAAGUUGAAGUACCGAGUAGACCCGAAGGAUGCUCCGCGAAAGGGCCCGCUCUUACAGGCGAAAUGGGACGUAAUUUCUACGGGAAAGAGAACAAACGCGCUUCCGCCCGUGGUUGCGGCCGCGUAGAGUGUCUCAAAGAUGAGUCUCAAAAAAAGGAGUCAGUUGCAUUAGAUGGAGUUUAAAGGUUUUCGGUAAUAGGAUUCGGGUUUAAAAUGGAUAGUUUCGGUAGAGAUACACAGUGAAGUUAAUACAAAUUUCUAAGCCAUGUGA